GAACGCUCGCAGCGCGGUGUAUUUCUAACGACAAAAUGUAGAUCACGACUCGAGAUGAUUGUUAUCAGCUCUUGAGAUACCGCGAUGGUCACGAAGACCAGUGUAUAAAGUCGUGUGAAUCUCCCGGGUCCUCUUGACAAUUUUAAGCCAUUCGUCCUCAUCAACUUCCUCUUCUCUUCUCUCACCUCAACAUCUCAAACAUCAUCACCCGUCCAAAAUGGUUUCCUCCAGCCUCAUCACUCUACUGAUGGCCUCAGCCGUCAGCGCCGCUCCCUUCUUUUCGGUCCCGCUCCACGAGCGUGGCAUCAAUCUCACCAAGUGGACUCCCGACCACAGAGUGACCGACAGCGAGAUUGUCCUCCUGACGAACGGCGAGGAAAAGAUUAUUAAGAUUGAGGACUGGUACAAGCUCCUCGAUGAUGAAGGCAUCCUCAGCGAGGCCCCGGAGAUCGACCAUGACUGGAUCGAGUCCGCCGCCAACAUGUCUGCGCUCGAGUACGACCCCUCCGUCCACGAGAAGCGCGACUGCGCCUACACCACCUCCACCAUCAUCGACAAGACCGAGCGCUUCGUCGACUGGGACGUGCAGAUGUCACCCGUUGUUAUCGGGCCCCGCGGCGGCAUGGACCUUACGGUUUCCAAGUCCUACUCAGUCGCCAACUCGGUCUCGCUCUCGGCCGGCCUCAGCCUCACCGGCACCAAGAACAUGAUCGUCGAAGCCAUCAGCCGCGGCAGCGGUGCCGCCGCCCCCAACAUCGGCAUCAGCCUCACACGCACCUGGACCACCCUAUCCGGCAACCUCAUCCGCGGCAACGUCGGCGAGGGCUACACCGGCGUCGUCAUCACCACUCCCUGGACCACUCGCCGCUACGGCCGCUUCUUCCAGGGCUGCAUUGGCUCCCUGCGCCAGACCGGUACCUGGAUGGCUGACACCCACGACGAGGGCUCCUACGAGGGCGUCAGCUGGGUCUCCGGCGCCAUCACCGUCUGCAGCAAGAAGCAGAGCUGGAUCCCCCUCACUCGCUGCCACGGCAAGGGCGAGUUCCGCUAAAUUGCUUGCAUCCCACGGCGAAGGCGGACCGGCGAACUAUCAUCACCUGCGGUGCUGCACAACAACAACUACUACUACUGAAUGACCGGGUUCGAAGCGGGGCUUCUUCGACAUCCCCGUCUGGCGUGUCGAGACGCGAGUUCGAUAAUGAGGGAUGAGAGGAAUGUGGAUACCCAUUGACAUUUUCUUCUUCACACACACACAUAUUCUUGACUGUACAUAGCUUUUCCAGAGACGGAUAAAUUACGAAACUCGCCGUGCAACGGGCAUUAAUAAAUUGAC